UCUGUGGAUUGUCAAUGUGCGAGUGCCUUUGCAUGGUGUUUAUCCUUUGAAUUUUGCUGAAAAGUGCUAAAAUAUCAGUGUUUUUGUGAUAAAACGCUAAGAAAGUGUCGGCGCGAGCCGAAUAUAAGUUCUUUAGUGCGUUGUUUCAUAAGCGAUGACUGUCUUCGAAUAAGUUUAGUUGGAUAAAAGUGAACAGUGACACAGGAAUCGACACCAGGACCGUAAUAUUUCAACAUGUUUCAAAAGCCAGCCUUUGGGUCUACUACAGCCAAUUUUGGCUCCUUCAACUCCGGUACAUCAACGGCGUCUCCGUUUGGGGGGUUUAAACCCACGACGGGGACGAGUGCUUUCGGCGCGCCCCCAGCCUUCGGGGCGGCUACGUCUACCCAACCUACCACUGGUGGAGGUCUUUUCGGCUCAACGAACACGACCGGUGGUCUUUUCGGUGGGUCUACGGCGUCUACUUCGACGUCGGGCUUCGGCGCGAGUACCUCGGGCUUCGGUUUCGGAGCCACGCAGCCCGCUACCGGAGGCCUAUUUGGAAAUACUUCGACUGUCGGAGGCGGGCUCUUUGGUAACACCCAUAACCAAACUGCCUUUGCUGCUAAACCUACCGGCUUCGGUUUCGGCAGUACAUCCACGACCGGAGCGACCACCGGCGGACUCUUCGGCUCCACUCCCUCCACCGGCACCGGGCUCUUCGGCCAGCAGACCAACACCCUAGGGGGAGGGGGGCUGUUCUCUAAUAAUGCUGCAGGCGGUUUCGGUCAGCAGCAGAGCACGGCGACCGGUACCGCGCACGUCAAGUACAACCCGGUCGUCGGCACCGACGUCGUGGUCAAAUCCGGGACCUCGCAGACUGUCAACAUCAAACACCACUGUAUUACUUGUAUGAAGGAAUAUGAAAACAAGUCGUUGGAAGAGCUUCGACUGGAAGACUACGUGGCCGGUCGGAAAGGGAACACCGGUGGCGUGUUCGGGGGGUUCCAACCUCAGGCUGAGAACAAACCGCUCUUUGGGGGCAGCACAUUCGGCCAACCAGCCACAACUAGCGCUCCGUCCGUGUUCGGGGGCUCCGCCCUCGGUACCACGGGGGCCUUCGGUACCCAGAACUCUUCGUUCUCGUUCGCAAAUAAUGCUCAGAAUACUACGAACACUACGGGGCUGUUUGGGGCCAACAAACCUGCUUUUGGAGCUACGUCUACUACUGGUGGUACCGGUCUAUUCGGUGCGACGACCACCCAGGCACCUACGUUCGGUACCAACACAUCCACCUUUGGUUUCGGUACUAACACACAGAAUCAGCAACAGUCAACAGGCCUGCUGUUCGGCGCGGCGAAGCCGGCGCAGCCCGCGUUCGGCGCCAGCCCGGCCACCAGCGGGUUCGGCACCUUCGGCUCUGGUGGGGUCUUCGGGGCCAAGACACAGCCACCUACCUUCGGCACACAGGCUCCUGGUACGAUGACGUCUGGUGGUUUCGGCACGAAUACGUCCACGGCCAGCGGUGGACUCUUCGGAGGCCAGAACACUGGGUUCGGGAAACCCACCACAGCACCUACGUUUGGCUUUGGUACUACACCGCAAACUGGACUUGGUACGGGUCUGGGCGGCGGUCUGGGCAGCAAUACUUUCCAAGCCAAACCCGCGGCGACCGCCUUCGGACAAAUGACCAACACGCCGUUCGCGCAACCGGCCAACAAUACGGUCUGGACACGUCUGGACACGUCUCUAGGCGGCGGGAUAUUCGGGAACAACACGUCUCUCACCGGCGGGAUGGGGCUCGGCAUGCAGAACAACCAGAAUACUGCUCUCAACAACUCCCUAUCGGGAUCGUCUGCGGCGGGCAACGUCCACGAGCAGAUCCUGACGCUGGCCGCGCGGCCCUACGGGGACUCGCCGCUCUUCAAGGACCUACUGCCUGACUCUUCAACAACAGCAGAAGACGUCCUAAAACCGACGAACCCGGCCGCGGUCCAAGCCGUGCUAGACCGCACGGGGUCCAGCCAGUACCGGGUCACGUCCCCGGUGGGACCCCGCCUGGCCCUGACCCCGCGCUCCGCCCUGCAGCAUGAUAAGAAAUCCCUAUUCGACGGCUUGGAAGAAUCGGACGCUAGUUUAGAAGACAAACUGAGUCUGAAGCCGAGCCGCAAGCGUUUGGUGCUGCGCCCCAAUCAUAGAGCCAACGAGAGUCAUCAGGACAGCGUCGAUCGCAGCAAUAAUGAUAAUGCCAGGUCCAUGGAGGAGCCGCCCCGCUCCAACGGCGCCCCCCACGAGACUGGCUCCGACCAGCCGAACGUCGAUGAAGUGGAUCGCAGACAGGACGAGUUUGGCUCCUUGAAGGACGCUGGGAGACAAGCUGAUGUAAGCGCUGGCUCCGACAAGCAUGGCAGUUGGCUGAGUGGUUCGAAGAUGUGGAACGACAAGGAGCGUCCUAUUGACGGAGAACCGACUCCAAGGCUGUAUCCUAAUAUCGACAAAGACAUCCAAGCCCAAGUAACCGAGCGUCGUGCGAGCUGGUUGACGACCAAACCGCUGCGCAAACCGCUCACCAACAACCCGGAGUCCGCCGAGCACUCCGUCAGGGAGCUGGGGGUGAGGGGGGACUCCUCGCAUGAUAAGGAGAAUGUUGAUACUCUGUCUGUUUCAGAAGAAGAGAAUGUGUCGCCGAGAGAGGCGCCCCCCCACCCCACCGGGGUGAAACUAACGCGGCCCGGGUACUAUACUAUACCCACCUUAGAUGAGAUGAUCGCGUACAUGCGUCCGGACGGUACGUGCGUGGUCCCCCACCUGACGAUCGGCCGCAAGAACUACGGCAACGUUUACUACGACACGGAGAUCGACGUCGCCGGCAUGGACCUCGAUAGUUUGGUGCACUUCUUGAACAAAGAAGUGAUAAUCUACCCCGAUGAGUCGGAGAAGCCGCCUCUAGGUGAGGGCCUGAACCGCCGCGCCAUUGUCACCCUCGACCGCGUGUGGCCACGGGACAAGAGUGAGAAGAGGGCCAUUACUGACCCGGAGAGACUAGCGAAAAUGGAAUACGAAUGGAAACUACGCCGUGUAUGCGACAAACACAACACCAAAUUCAUAGAAUACCGGCCCAGCUCCGGUAGUUGGGUGUUCCGCGUCGAACACUUCAGCAAGUACGGCCUGACUGAUUCGGAUGAGGACGAUGAUGUACCGGAGCUGAUGAAGAGGCAGCUUGUUAAUCAGGUGUUGCAGAAGACUGCUGCGAAUGCCCCCAAGCCACCAGUAGCGACCCCCUCGGUAGGACUGGGGGGUCUCGGCGCCCCCCCAAUGAUGCCAGAGGACAACCUAUUCGCCAUGCAACAAACUUCGUUGAACCUACUCAAUGGCGCUGGGAAAGCCUUCGAAAUGGACACGACGGAAGACAACGCCGAGUCCCAGAGCUUGUAUUUAGAUAAUAGAGCAUUCGGUGUAAAGAGUCCUACGAGUGAACUGGCUCGAUUGGAACACCGACAGAGCCACAAUGUGCAGCUCAUGAAGGCGUCCCUAUACGCUGAUACUGAAAUGGAGGACGACGCGUCAGUGUCGACCGGCGACCAGUUGGUCCCUGUAUCGGCGCCACUGCUGUCCGUGCCGACACUGGCGCCCUCUGCCGUCAGGGAGGAACUACCUGUAGCUGAAGCUGAAAUGGCUGUUGUUGAGGAAGUGCCGAUGAAGCCUCUAAUAGUGCAACCACACACGGUAGUGCUGAAGUACCACAGGAAAGUGCCGCCCUUCCGACAGACCAUUGCAGGUCGCCUAGACGCGGCGUACAUAUCGGACAUGUCUGUGUGUCGCGCGCGCCACUCGCGCGUCGGUUUCGGCGUCGCCGGCACCAUCGCCUUCGCUACGUCCUACGACGCCGUCAACGAUCUGCCUAAAUCGGCGGAGCUGUCAGAGCUGGGCCGGUACGUGCGUGGCCGAGCCAACAACGACUGGUCGGAGCCCGCGCUCGUCCGGAUGGCCAUCGGACAACACGAUAAGGAUGAUGGGAUGAUGGACGUACUAAAGAAGCACCUAGAAACACUACUAGACCACUCGUCUCUGUCCGAGGUAGACGCGACACAGUGCCCGCAGCUGCGACUGUCGCAAUCCCCGCGCGACAGACGCGUCGUACUGUCGCAGUAUCUGAAGGACUCGGCUAAACUAACGUCGCGGUAUAAGUUCGGAGUGUCGGGCGCUUAUUGUAACGAGGUAUGGCGCCUGUGUGACGCGCUGUGGGGGGCCGACUUGGAUAAUGAUGGUGUACCCGGCACGGAUCCUCUGUCGAUAGUGAACAGGCACCGACAGUUCCUCGACUGGUUGAAGACUGCAGUGGCCGAGGCCACGGACGAGGACCUGGCCAAACCCACCCCUGGGGAGAAGGAGGAUGAAUCGGACGGACACAGCGUUCGCAUAUGGACGCUCCUACUGGGUGGUCGGAUACUGGAGGCGUGCAAGGUGGCCAGGGAACAUGGAGACCUGAAUAUGGCCAUACUGCUGUCGCAGGCUGCCGGCGACCCAUCAUUCCGUUCCCUGAUCAGCCGCCAACUGUCCCAGUGGCGGGAGUGUGGGGCAGAGUCCCUCAUCUCUGCCCACCGCUGGGCCGCGCUACUGCUGGUCGCCGGGCUCUCUACUCCAAGGGACAAGCUCACCGAGACCGACUGGCUCCGGGCUCUACACUGUACUGCUAGAUACCUCUGCCCUCACGUGCCGACUCUAGAGCAAGUGCUCCGUAAAUACGAGGGCUUCUUCACUCCCUCCUCAGAGGACCAGGAGGCAGACCUCUCCCUCCUGGAUUCGGAGGAGAUGGACAUGCAGCUGCCGCUACCGCCAUACGUUAAGCAGUAUGAUGUUACCGUUGUACAAAACGGCAGACAGCGUCGUGUCCUAGACCUGCGCUACGAGUUGAUCCGCGCGCGGGCGUACAACGCGCGGCCCCGCCUGCGCCCCGCCGCAUACACGCCCGACCCCAUGGACUACAGCCUGUGUUUCCUGCUGGGCACGUGGUUCGGCAACCCGGACACGGCGAGUAUCACCGGUAUAGCGGAGCAACUCGAGGCGGCCGGGCUCUGGCACCUCGCCGUACUGGCGCUGGCGUACCAUCCCGACCAGACGGCUCGUGGCCACCUAAUACGCGGCGUGCUAUCACGGCACGCGCCCGCCAAGGCGGAGUCUGCAGAGAUGAAGGCUCGCCUCGACCUCAUCAGGCGGCUGAAGGUACCGGAGCAAUGGCUGUUGUUGGCACAGGCGCAUCGGGCUAAGUAUGAGCGUCUCCCGGCCAUAGAGGCGGAGCACCUGGUGGGCGCCGGACAUUGGAACGCGGCGCAUAAAGUAUUGAUCGAGGAAUUAUUACCGGAGGCUGUCUUGGCAGACGACCUACAGAGUAUAUCCCCCCUACUGGACCGCAUGGCGGAGGCUGCGCGGCGCCACGAGGUGGCGGGCUGGGAGACCGGGGGGCAGGCCGUCUACCACUACCUGCACGUCUGCGACGAGAUCCGCGGGCUGGUAUCGUCGGCGGAGUCGGCGGGUGACCGCGCGACGGUGUCGGCGCGACUGGACGCGCUGCGGCCGCAUGUCGCCGCCGCAUGCAGGGCGCUCGGGGCGCUGCACGCCAAGAGCCCCGGAGUCCGUUUCGCCCGCGCGGAGAUGGGCGCCCGGCUGGUGCAGUGCACGCUGGUGGCCGGGGAGCCGCCCGCGCACCUCGCCGCGCUGCUGCGGGCGCUGCGACUGCCGCCCGACACCACGCACGCCGCCGUGCACAAGAUAAGUUCAGUAAUAGCAUCGAGAGCAGCGGAGUCGUGCGGCAACUCCAGCAGUCCGCCGUCUGCCCACCCCGUGGCGAGCUAACGGGAUGAACAUACGCAAAUACAUCAAUUCCUCAAAUACCCUAACCUCCCAAGAGGCCGGCAACGCACUAGUAACUCCUCUAGUGUUGCGGGUGUCCAUGGACGGCGAAUGCUUAAGUGAGCGAUGUAGAAGCGAACGCGAAGCGAAUUGUGUAGUUUCCUAGGUCAAAUAUAAAUUACUAGCUACUUCCGCGCGGUUUCACCCGCUCUGCUCAGCUCCUAUUGGUCAUAGCGUGAUGUUUUAUAGCCUAUAACCUUCCUCGAUAAAUGCACUAUCCAACACAAAAAGAAUUAUUCAAAUUGGACCAGUAGUUCCUGAGAUUAGCGCGUUCAAACAAACAAACAAACUCUUCAGCUUUAUAAUAUUAGUAUAGAUUUUGACUUUCCAAUACGAUAGAAUAUCCCAAUAUAAUCGUACUUUCAUUCAUUAAUUCGAUGACAUACUCAAUUUUUAAUUUUUCUUGCUAUUUUUUGCGAAAUAAGUGUAUGCUAUUUGACGCAAAAAAUUAUGACGUCAUAAUUUGCGAUCUCCUACAAAAUUCAUAGAAAGGUAACGUUUUUGACAUUUCUAUAGAAGUAUUGAAUGUGACUAGUUGGAAACUACAGUAUUCAACGCGAUGCGGUGUGACGGCGGCUAUGUCCUACGUGCGUGUGGAUCGUUUCGUUUUGUUUCUGUUUCCGACAUUAUAAACAAACACGUGACGGCACCGCGUCCAGUUCGCGCGACAAUAUCAAGCCAAUACGCUAGUUUCCUACUAGUCAAAUUCAAUACUUUAUUCGAAACGUCAAAAACGAUAUUUUCUAUGAACUUUGUAUGAAAUACUCUAUUAUGACGUCAUCAGAUUUUCACGUCAAAUAGCAGACUUAUUUCUAGAAAUUAAACUAGAAAAAAUCUAAAAUUAAGUAGUAGAAUGAGAGUGUGAUUAUUUUUGUAUAAGUAUUUUAUUGUAUUGAAAAGUUGUAAUAAUUUAUGUUUGACCGAGGAUACUGCCCGAUUGGUCGGUCGGUCACGGAGGCCACGUCAAUACAUUUUGACAGUUUGUUGUUUUCGCAUCGCAUCGCAUCGCAUUCGCGUCUAGGUUGUUCACGGAAAACUGCUUACCAUCAGUGCAAGAGGGACGGAGCUAUACAACCUACAUAGCUCCGUCCCUCUCGCACUGCUCAGUGAUCGACCAUUCUGACACAAUUGUAAUAGCAGACUAAGGCCCCAGGUGAUCCGUCUGCUCGUUUGCCGGCUUAUACAAGAAAUGUAAUAUAUAGCAUAGUUUUUUUUUAUAUAAGUAGACAUAAGAAAUUGUGUAAAAUAUGCCAAUAGACACACACACACAACGUCACGCCUUUUAUCCCCGAAGGGGUAGGCAGAGGUGCACACUACGGCACGUAAUGCCGCUAUACAAUGUACACCCACUUUUCACCAUUUUGUAUUAUAAGUCCCAUGUAAUAGGGGAUGAGCCUAUUGCCAUAUCCUGGACACAAUUCCAGACUCCAUGCUACUGCUGAAAAAUUUUCGAAAAUCCGAAAAAAGCCCAGUAAUACUUUUGCCCGACCCGGGAAUCGAACCCGAGACCCCUUGUUCGGCAGUCGCACUUGCGACCACUCGACCAACGAGGCAGUGCCAAUAGACUCACCCCCUAUUACAUAUAGAACUGGUGAAAAGUAUAUGUUACAUUGUAUAUGUACACCUCUGCCUACCCCCUUUACAUGUUACUUCCUGAAAAGUAAACUUAAAAUUAGUGAUACAAUAUGUUGUAGUAGUUUGAAGCUGAUUUAAGUGUUUGACUGCCAAUAGAAAACUGUUGAAGGCAAAUCCUCCGCUAACGUCGGUCACCGGUGACCACCACGGCGUUCAAUGUGUUAAAGCAAAUAUAAUAGAUCCGUUAAAAUUGAAUAGUACGUCUGUCAGUUACGUGUUUGUUACAAUAUGAAGAUUUAUAUGUAGAAGAACGAGCGAGAAACUCCAUCGUUACUCUUUUAAAACAAUAAUGUCGUAAUAUCACUAGUAACAUAUAGGAAAUCUACCAAAAUAAUCACUUUUGUAAAUUGUCAAAUAAGUAAUUGUGAUAAAAAGCGUAAGAAUUUAGAAAAAUACAUUUUCGAUUU